AUUAUAGACCUGGGGAGCACAGAAGGCAGACACCGAGUCACAGAGGUUGUCAACAGAGAGUCAAUAGAGACAGUUAUCAGCGGCAUUUGAUAACAAAUCUUAUUGCCUGUUUCAACUUCAGCAAAAAAGAAGACUGUAUUUUGGGAACUGGAACCAGUCCAAAUGGAUCAACAGACAGAGUUUCCAGUCGAAGACCUGCCCCAGGCCACCCGGGCCCUGAAGUUCAUCCAGCUCCAGCUGAUGGAGCUCUCCAAAGACUGUGGCAACAAGCUGCAGAACGGUCAGGUCAGCCCCAACUGCUUUGUGGAGCUGGAAACAAAACUGGAGAAGAUUCUCCACGAGACCCGCGCAGCCUGCAAGCCUCCUCCGACAAAACCGGUAAAGACGGACUUUGACAUCAUCAAACUGGUUUCCAGUGGCGCCUUUGGGACUAUAAACCUUGUGCGCCACAAGGAGACUAAGCAGGCGUUUGCGAUGAAGCAGAUUGCACUGCAAUACCCAAACCAGAGAGAUGCGGUUCUGUUGGAACGAGACAUCCUCACCUACCUUGACCACCCUCUCGUCGUGCCCAUGUUCUGCUCGUUUGAGACAGUGAGCCACAUGUACAUGACGAUGGAGUAUGUGGGAGGUGGGGAUUUUGCAGCCUUGCUGCACUACAAUGGCCGUUUUCAUGUAGACGUGGCCCGUUUCUACAUGGCAGAGGUUGUCUUGGCUUUGGAGUACAUCCAUAGCUACGGCAUCCUGCACAGGGAUCUCAAACCCAGCAAUCUGUUGAUCAGCACAGACGGACACAUCAAGGUGGCUGACUUCGGGCUGUCCAAGUUUGGGUCAGACAGCACGGCAGCCUUCAUGACUGAAUCAGAGCGUCGACGAAAUGCCAGAGAGUUCUCCGACUUAGAGACAUGCGGCACGCCUGAGUUCAUGGCCCCAGAAGUGUUCCUACAGACGGGCUAUGGGAAGCCAGUAGACUGGUGGGCCACAGGAGUUAUUCUCUAUAAUUUCCUGUACGGCGUAACACCUUUCUCUGGCUCGAAUUCAGAACAGAUUGGUGUCCGUGUGACCAAAAAUGACAUCCACUGGCCAGAUGCGGGAUCUCCCCAGCUCGAUGUUGCCAGGCGGCUCAUCAGUCGUCUCUUGCAGAAGGACCCUGUGAAGCGUCUGGGUACACGAGGAGCCAGUGAAGUGAAAAGACAACCGUUCUUCCGGGGUGUGAACUGGAAGAACCUCCCCUAUGAGACGCCUCCAUAUGUCCCUAAUGUGGAAAAUGAGGAGGACACCUGCUGCUUUCCAGUGUGUCCUCCAAUGCUGCCCCACGCAUCCUCUGAUUCUGAUGAUGACCAGACCGUAUCACCUGCGGAACAAACAGACUUCUGCACUGUUACCUUCCGCUUCAACAAGGUGUACGGCAGCCCAAUGCCCCUGUCCCCCUGCACGCCAAUGAUUCGGGUCCUGUUGUCAGAAAAGCCAGGACACAGUGAGGCAAAGGAGGGGCAGCAUGAAAUUAAGGUGUUUGGGGCGGACUUAAGCCUCAUUGAUUUCAGUGAACAGAGACAAGCCGCUCUCCGACAAAGUAGACGGGACGAAAGUCAAUGUGACUCCACCCCUUCACCUGCCCCCCAGCACGCCUCUCCAGUCCAAAUGGACUCAGCAUGUGAUGAAGAUUUUGUGGUGGUGGACUUCAGCAACAUCUAUUUCAGUGAACAGAGCCAAGCUUUUCUCCAACAAAGCGGACAGGUCGAAAGUCAAUGUGAGUCCACCCCUUCGCCUGCUCCCCACAACGCCUCUCCAGUCCAAAUGGACCCAGUGGAACAGUGGAAGAAUGCCCAAGCAAUGACCUGCUCGAGGUCACCCGGACCCUUACGUUCAUCCAGCUCCAGCAGAUCUAGCAGGCCAAAGACUGUGGCAACACGCCGCAGAACGAUCUAGUCAGCCUCAACUAUUCUGUGGAGCUGGAGAGCAAAGUGGUGAAGAUUCUCCAGGAGACCCGCAAAGCCUGCUAGCCCACCGUCGAGGAAGAACCCUCAUGGGGGAUUUC